AUGGCUGGAAAAAAGAAAAAGACUUUAGCUAACAAAUUAGCUAAAAUGUCUGAUGAAGAAAGGGCAAGAUAUUUGCAAAGAAAAGCAGAUGUUGAGGAAGAGGCAAAAAAAAGGAAGGAACAGUUAAUUUCAACGUUCAUGAAGAAAAAAAUAAAAAAAGAAGAUGCCUUUUCAAGACUUAAUUUGGCAAAAAUUAAUCAAAACUGGCAUCAAAUACUCAGAAAAACAAAAUGCCAAGAAAUGAGACAAAAUGUCGAGCACAUGAAAAAAUGGAUGAAUAGGAUGUUUGAUUACAAAAAUAGAGUUAUCUCCAAACUCUUGGACGAACUGGAGGAAGCUGAAGAGCAGUACUCUUAUAAUUUUCAAUCACAUUCAAGCCGCAUCAGCAAUAUUAUUGAGGAACAACAUAAGUACAUAAAUAAACUUCAAGAACAGUUUGAUAAAAAUUUGGAAGAACUAGUGGCAGAAAACAAUGCUGAUCAUACUUCUAAUAAAAACACUUUAGAUGAAGAUGAAAUGUGGUUAAAAACAAUUAUUUAUCGUCAAACUGAAACUUCCAAAAAGCAACAAAGGGAGCAAUAUGAAAAUUAUAUGCUUAAAAUUAGUGAACAAGAACAACUGGAUGAAAUAAAAAAAAUGAGAAGAUCACGAGAGACAAUUAGCAACUCCCUCUGGCGUCAAAUAGCAACAGUAAUAAGGCUUCACAUACAGCAAACAGAUGUGAGGAGGAUGCACUUCGCCGAACUGAAGACGCUGGAUUUCGAGAGCGCUUCGGAGAUAUCCAGGAACCAGGACACCAUAAAUCUAAUGGAGCACGAAAUUGAACGUCUGAAGUCACACUACACAACAACUCAUAAUUCUAACGAGGAAAAAAUCGAGACAAUGAAAGAAGAAGUCAACAAACUGAGUUCCCGGUUUUUGAAGGUUCGCCAAAAACUAAAACGCAACAUGGAAAACGACAAAGACAAGCUAAGGAAAGCAUCAGCUUGUGCUAAAGACGCUUUGGACUAUAUGAAAAAGAAUUUGGAACUUGGGGAACAACUUAUGGUUUUAAUGAAAACUUGUCAGAAAUUUGAAACUGAAAGAGAACAAAUCACUAAGUGGUUUCCAAUUACUAAACUCGAUGUUUGUGAAGAAGAGUUGGACGAAGAAGAACAUUAUCCAGAAUUAAAAGCUAUUGAGGAUGCUGUUACAAUUGAAGAAUUAGAAGAUGAAACAGAAUCAUUUACAGAUUCCAAAUCGCGACCGAAAACUGCAUUUACUAAAACACCCAUUUCUAGAACAUCCGCCAAAAGUCUAGACAGUGCAGAAUACGUUACAACACCAGAAUCCAAACGGCUAUCAGCUAUUAAAUCAAUAAAACUCGCAUUGAAGCAAUACAAAUCUGAAGAUGUGGUUAUUGAAGAACCAAAAAAGACAGAACUGGAGGAAAAUCUGCAAAAGUGCUUCCAAUCAUUAGAGAAGCUGGAAAACUUUUGGCUUAUGUAUAAUAAAGUUAAUGUCGAUUACAUGGAAAUGAAGGAAGAGAAGAAACUGCUGUUAAAAGAAAAUAAACACUUAAGGGGAAUGAUGAGGGCAAUUUUGGAGGCGGCAGUUUUGAACAAUUCAAUACCGAACACUAGAGCUUCGACAAGGGCUCCGUCCCAAUUGAGGAGCGCAUAUUCGGCUCCCCUUAGAAGAAUAAUUUUUAAAACAUAGUUAAACAGUGUUGAAAAACAUGUAUAAGAUAAAAAGCUUUUAAUCUUAAGUACAAGUUUCUAAUGGA